AUGGUCACAAGAUUGACGCCAAUCUUAUUCCCUUUGACUUUAUCCAGACAACUAGACUUACAUAGAUUGACUUUAAUUUCCUUAAAUAUAGCAAUCCACAUUCAUCAGAAAUAUAAACACGCUAUAAUGUCGAAAAAUCAGCCAACAUUGAUGAGUUUUUUCACCAGCAAGAAGAAAACUGGUGAGAUAGUUGAGCCACUCAAAAGGAAGCCCACAACUGUAGUGGCAACUGAUGACAAAAAAUUGAAUUCCGACUGUUCCUUACCAAAAAGCAAGAAAGCAAAGACUUUAGUGGAGACAGAUGAAGAGAUUCAAGCACAUAAAAAGGCGAAUGAAAUAUCGGAGGUCAAUGAAUUGAUGAAACUUGAAAAAGAGAAACCAGCAGUAAAGUUACCAGUGGAAGAUUCAGGGAGACCGAUAAUGUAUUCUUCACUUGUAGCUGUUUUUGAAGAACUUGAGGCGGAGAGUGGAAGGUUGAAAAAUAUAGCAAGUGCAUGUGCAUAUUUUCAUUCAAUCUUGGAGCAUACCCCCGAGUCUGACUUGGAAGGGAAAAUAAGAGACCUCACAAGAGUCGUGUAUUUGAUGGUAAACAGGUUGGGCCCUGAUUACGUUCCAGGCCUUGAGCUUGGUCUUGGUGAAACACUACUACUGAAAGCAUUAGGCCAAAGUACAGGCCGGGAGGUUUCUCAAAUCAGGAAAGAAUAUCACAUUGAAGGUGACAUUGGGGUAGUAGCGCAAAAGAGUAGGUCUAAGCAACGCGUGAUGUUUAAACCCAAGAGGUUAACACUUUCAGAGGUUUGGAAAUGCUUGAAUGAUAUUGCCAAAAGUGAAGGCUCCAAUUCUCAAAACAAAAAAAUUGGUAUAAUCAAUAAGAUGUUGACCGCAUGCGAAGGAAACGAAGCUAAGUUUUUAAUGAGAUCUUUAGAAGGUAAGCUAAGAAUCACAUUUGGCGAGAAGAGUGUUUUAGUUGCUUUGUCUAAAGCAAUAAUUGAAUAUCAGCUAAAACUACAACAUAAACAAAUAACAUCAGAACUAGUUGUUGAAGCGGAGGAACAAAUGAAAGAGGCGUAUUGUCAAGUUCCAAAUUAUGAAAUCUUGAUCAGGAUUGCGAUGGAAAAGGGAAUUUUAAACCUAAUAGAUAAUACGGGAUUAAGCCCAAGUGUUCCAUUGAAACCGAUGCUUGCAAAACCAACCAAGAGUAUUAGUGAGAUCUUAGACACUUUACAGGGAAAGCGCUUUACCUGUGAGUAUAAAUAUGAUGGCGAAAGGGCCCAAUUGCACGUUGCUGAAAGUGGAGAAAUUUACGUCUACUCUAGAAAUUCUGAAAAUAUGACAGAAAGGUAUCCUGAUCUAAUUCCAGUUGUUAAUGAACUGAAAUCUCAAAAUGGGUCAGUUUCAAGCUUAAUUCUUGACUGUGAAUGUGUCGCUUGGGAUUGUAUUAAUAAAAAAAUCCUACCAUUUCAAGUGCUUUCUACCAGAAAAAGAAAGGAUGUUAAGGAAGAAGAUAUACAAGUUAAAGUCUGUUUAUUUGCUUUCGAUAUAUUAUAUUACAAUGGAGAAUCUUUAAUUAAGAAGUCUUUAGCUGAAAGACGUGAUUAUUUGUUUAACAACUUGCGAGAGAUUCCUGGUAAGUUUCAGUACGCAACUAGGAUGGACACUGAUGAUGUUGAACAAAUCACCAAGUUUCUGGAUGAGUCUGUUCAUGAUUCAUGCGAAGGCUUGAUGAUCAAGACAUUGGAUGGAAGAGACUCAUGGUAUGAGCCCUCUAAACGAUCAAGAAACUGGUUAAAAUUGAAAAAAGAUUAUCUGGACGGAGUGGGAGAUUCUCUAGAUUUGGUAGUUAUUGGAGGAUACAUUGGUAAGGGUAAGCGUACUGGUUGGUAUGGUGGGUUCCUUUUGGCAGGUUAUAACCAAGAUACAGGUGAAUAUGAGACUGUUUGUAAGAUUGGAACAGGUUUCAGUGAAGAACUAUUGCAAAAACUGCAUGAUAUUCUCAAACCAACAGAAAUUUCAAAGCCGAAACCUUCCUAUGUUUAUGAUACGAAUAACUCAAAUGCUGUGCCAGAUGUAUGGUUUGAACCGACAACUUUGUUCGAAGUUAAAGUUGCUGAUUUAACGACAUCUCCCAUUUAUAAAUGCGGUGCUACAUAUAUUGGAGACGGCGAAAAGGGUAUUUCUUUGAGAUUCCCUAGAUUUAUCCGACUUCGGAGCGAUAAAGAUACAGAAGAUGCUACAUCAAGUGAGCAAAUUGUUGAAAUGUAUAAUAGCCAGGCAAACAUGCAAUAA